AUGUGAAUUGGGCGCUGCUCAGGCACAGUUUACGUUAGCUUGAGAAAGUAAGACGGUGGUUACAUGCCAUUAGCUUAGUUUCAUGUUCAGUGUGGAAUUGUAAAAUUUUUUUUAUUGAGUAGUUGGAGGUCAAAUACAACCAUCAAUUAAAAUUAAAAAUAGCUAUUUUGCAACGUGUAACUACUUUAUUUCGUUUAGAAAAUCUAUACAGGAACACAAUAAGUGUAGUUCGCAUAUAACUGGAUAAAAAACCAAUAAACUAGUAAAUGUAUCGCUAUGGAGGAUUAUGCUAUGGAUCAAUUUUGUGGUAGUAAAUUUUGGGAUAAUGAUUUAGCAUGGAAUACCACAGAUCCAGAUGUCCCUGAGUGUUUUCAAAAGACUGUAUUAGUAUGGGCACCAUGCGCAUUUUUGUGGCUAUUCUCUGCCACGGAAGUUUAUUAUUUCUUAAACAGUAAAAGGAAAAAUAUUCCAUACACAUGGUUAUUUAUUACCAAACAAGUACUUAUGUUAACAUUGAUUUUACUUAGUAUUAUUGACAUAGGAAAUGCAAUACACAGGAGUAAUUAUGAACAGGUUUAUAAUGUUGAUUAUUAUACACCAUUUAUAAAAAUUGUUACCUUUAUUAUAACAGUUGUUUUAGUAAUAUAUAACAGAAAAUAUGGAAUGCGAACUUCUGGAUUAUUAUUUUUAUUUUGGUUUCUACUUGCCUUGUGUGGACUUGUUCAAUAUAGAAGCAUAAUAAGGUCAUAUAUUAUAAAGGGUCAAGUAACUUAUCCAUUUAUAUCAUAUAUGAUAUAUUAUCCAAUAGUGGUACUUUUAUUUUUUCUAAACUUUUUGGUUGAUGCAGAACCUAAAUAUUCAGAAUAUCCCAAGGUUGACAAACCAUGCCCAGAACAAGGUUCUUCCUUUCCAGCAAAAGUAUUUUUUACAUGGUUCGAUUCAAUGGCAUGGAGUGGUUUCAGAAAACCGUUGGAAGUUACCGAUUUAUGGUCUAUGAAUCCAGAAGAUACGGCUACGGAAAUUGUACCUAAAUUUGAUAAAUAUUGGAAUAAGAGUUUACAAAAAACAGACAAUGUACAAAGCACUAAGGCAUCAUUCAGGAAAGCAUCUGGUCAAGUAGAUUUUAAUAAUGGACGUAAAAAGAAAGUGACUUCAAUUUUACCACCACUUUGUAAAGCAUUUGGUGCUACAUUUUUAUUUGGAGCUGCACUUAAGUUUUUGCAGGAUAUUAUAAUUUUCGUUAGUCCACAAGUACUUAAAUUACUCCUCAAGUUUAUCGAGGGACAGGAAUCAAUAUGGAAAGGUUACUUAUAUGCAGUUUUGCUUCUAGCAACAGCAACGUUUCAAACAUUAAUUUUGUCGCAGUAUUUUCAUCGUAUGUUCUUAGUCGGAUUACGUGUACGAACUGCUUUAAUUGCUGCAAUUUAUCGGAAAGCAUUAAGAAUAUCUAAUGCUGCUAGAAAAGAAUCAACAAUUGGUGAAAUAGUAAAUUUAAUGUCCGUCGAUGCGCAAAGAUUUAUGGACUUGACGGCAUAUAUAAAUAUGAUUUGGUCUGCACCACUACAAAUAAUCUUAGCUUUAUAUUUUUUAUGGGAUAUAUUAGGACCAGCCGCACUUGCCGGUCUAGCUGUCUUGCUUAUUUUAAUCCCGGUGAAUAUAUUGAUUACAAAUAGAUUGAAAACACUGCAAAUUAGGCAAAUGAAAUAUAAAGAUGAAAGAGUUAAAUUAAUGAACGAAGUACUUAAUGGUAUAAAAGUAUUGAAGUUGUAUGCAUGGGAGCCAUCAUUUGAAGAACAAAUAUUAAAAAUACGUACGAAGGAGAUUAAAGUGUUAAAGGAAACAGCAUAUCUCAAUUCUGGGACAAGUUUUAUUUGGUCGUUUGCUCCGUUUUUAGUAUCUUUGGUAUCUUUUGCAACAUAUGUACUUAUAGAUGAAAAUAAUCGUUUAGACAGCAGUGUUGCUUUUGUUUCACUUAGUCUUUUCAAUAUCUUAAGGUUUCCUCUAUCUGUAUUACCGAUGAUGAUUGGUAAUAUUAUUCAGGCAUAUGUUUCUGUGAAACGUAUAAACAAAUUCAUGAAUGCAGAAGAGUUGGAUCCUAAUAAUAUUCAACAUGACCCAUCUGAACCAUAUGCAUUAUUAAUUGAGAACGGUACCUUUGCGUGGGAUAUGGAAAAUAUUGAUAAACCAACAUUAAGGAAUAUCAAUCUGCAAGUAGAGCAGGGUCAAUUAAUAGCUGUUGUUGGAACAGUAGGAUCUGGUAAAAGUUCUCUUAUAUCGGCACUUCUGGGAGAAAUGGAGAAAAUAAGUGGCAGAGUUAAUACAAAAGGAUCUAUUGCGUACGUGUCUCAGCAAGCAUGGAUACAAAAUGCGUCGUUACAAAAUAACGUUUUAUUUGGAAAACCACUUCAUAAAAAUAUAUACGAUCGUGUAAUUGAAUCAUGUGCAUUGAAUCCCGAUUUGAAAGUAUUGCCUGCGGGUGAUCAAACAGAAAUUGGAGAGAAGGGAAUAAAUUUAUCUGGUGGUCAGAAACAAAGAGUAGCGUUAGCAAGAGCAGUAUACAAUGAUUCGGAUAUUUAUUUUUUGGAUGAUCCCCUAAGCGCUGUAGACUCGCAUGUCGGAAAACAUAUAUUUGAAAAUGUAAUUGGUUCUAAUGGACUGCUUAAAAAGAAGACGAGAGUACUAGUAACGCAUGGCAUCACGUACUUACCGGAAGUCGAUAACAUCAUUGUCCUUCAAGAUGGUGAAAUAACAGAAGUUGGAACUUACAAACAACUUUUAGAAAAAAAAGGAGCCUUUUCAGAAUUUUUAGUGCAACAUCUUCAAGAAGUACACGCUGAUAAUGGCUCGGAAGCAGAUUUACAAGAAAUUAAACAACAACUGGAGUCAACAAUAGGAUCAAGUGAGCUGCACCAGAAAUUAACAAGAGCUAAAUCAAGAAUGUCCGAAAGUCAAAGCGAAUCUGGUUCUAUAGUUGAUAGGAGAUCAUUAAAUGGUUCAUUGAAGAGACAGUACUCUACAGAUAGUCAGCAAUCUAGUACUCAUCUAAGUAGCAAUAAUGUAAAGGAGGCAAAAUUAAUACAUUCAAAAUCAGCAGAAAAGCUAAUAGAAGAAGAAAAAACUGAAACUGGAAGUGUUAAAUGGAAAGUUUACUCACAUUACUUUAAAUCUAUCGGUUGGUUUUUGUCCAUAUCGACUAUUAUAAUGAAUGCAAUUUUUCAAGGAUUUAGUAUUGGUUCAAACAGUUGGCUUAGUCUAUGGUCAAAUAGCAAUUUAACAACUUAUAACGAUACAGUCGAUAAAGCUCAACAAGACAUGUAUCUUGGAGUCUAUGGUGGACUUGGUAUUGGACAAGCGAUGGCGAGUUUUUUCUGCGAUUUGGCACCGCAGCUGGGCUGUUGGUUGGCUGCUCGCCAGAUGCACAUAGUGAUGCUGCGUGCUGUGAUGCGUGCUCCAUUGACCUUCUUUGAUACGACUCCUAUUGGUCGUAUUAUCUCCAGGUUUGCUAAAGACGUCGACGUACUGGAUACAUCUCUUCCUCAGCAAAUUUCCGAUAGCAUCUAUUGUUUGUUUGAGGUCAUAGCUACUUUAGUGGUAAUAAGUUUUAGUACGCCAAUAUUUGUUGCGGUGAUUGUACCAAUAGGUGGAAUUUAUUACUUUGUUCAACGUAUGUACGUUGCAUCUUCACGACAACUGAAACGUUUAGAAUCUAUUUCAAGAUCUCCCAUAUACUCGCAUUUCAGUGAAACAGUUACUGGAACUCAAAUGAUUAGAGCAUUUGGUGUGCAAGAACGAUUUAUUCGUGAAUCUGAAAAUAAAGUGGACUUUAAUCAAGUCUGCUAUUAUCCUAGCAUAAUUGCAAAUAGAUGGUUGGCAGUACGUUUAGAGAUGGUUGGAAACUUAAUCAUCUUCUUUGCAGCAUUAUUUGCUGUAUUAAAUAAAGAUACCAUAAAAUCGGGCGUAGUUGGUUUAUCCGUUAGCUAUGCCCUACAAGUAACACAAACAUUAAAUUGGUUGGUACGGAUGACUUCUGAUGUCGAGACCAACAUAGUAGCGGUAGAGAGAAUAAAAGAAUAUGGAGAAACUCCACAGGAAGCUCCAUGGAAAAAUCCUAAUUACACACCACCUAAAGAAUGGCCAGUACAAGGAACAGUUGAAUUCAAAGAUUACAAAGUUCGCUAUAGGGAAGGCUUAGAACUUGUACUUCGCGGAUUAUCAUUUUCAGUUAAAGGAGGAGAAAAAGUUGGUAUUGUCGGUAGAACCGGAGCUGGAAAAUCCUCUUUAACAUUGGCUCUAUUUAGAAUAAUAGAAGCAGCCGACGGAAAAAUUUUCAUCGAUGAUAUUGACAUUGCUAAAUUGGGACUUCAUGAUUUACGAUCUAGAUUAACUAUUAUUCCUCAAGAUCCAAUAUUAUUCUCAGGAACCUUAAGAAUUAAUUUAGAUCCAUUCAACUGUUACACAGAUGAUGAAGUUUGGAGAGCUUUGGAACAUGCACAUCUUAAAUCUUUUAUAAAAACUUUGCCAAAUGGUCUUUUACACGAAAUUACUGAGGGUGGCGAAAAUUUAAGUAUAGGUCAACGACAAUUGAUUUGUUUAGCAAGAGCAUUACUUCGGAAAACAAAAGUACUUAUACUCGAUGAAGCAACAGCUUCAGUCGAUCUAGAAACAGACGAUUUAAUUCAAACGACAAUUAGGCAAGAAUUUAGUGACUGUACGGUUCUCACGAUAGCUCAUAGGCUUAACACAAUCCUUGAUUCAGACAGGGUCAUUGUCCUGGAUAAAGGACUGAUUAUGGAAUACGAUUCUCCAGAAGCAUUGCUACGCAAUUCAUCUAGUUUAUUCCACAAUAUAGCUAAAGAUGCAGGUCUUGCACCUUAAUUAAAGUGCAUAUCAUGAAAAUUGUACAAGCAAUAAAAAAAAGAUACAGAUUUUUAAUUCGUAAUAGAAAAAAAUAAGGAGAAAAGUAUAGCAGGCACGAAAUAUUCUUAGAAUUGAAAG